AUGCGGCGCUAUUUCAACGUAGAGCUCGCUUCGGAGCAGUUCUUUUGGCUGGACGGUUCUGGAUUAGACGCAGAACCCGAACCUGAGACAGACUGUGAGUGGUCCGACGAUGAAGUUACGGAUUCUUCUGUUAUUUCUGAAGAGGAGAGCGAGGAACAGGAGCCGCAGACACCCCCACGGUGUGCUACUCGUCGGUCUGCUAAGAGGAAGAGACGGUGGGGCACGGACUGUUCCAGAACUCCACGGGUCCAAACUGCAGAACCAGGCCUCAGAUCUAAGCCCUGGAGGACAGAGCAGGACUGGGACACUGGGCCAACAGAAAGCAAGUUUCAACCACUGAGGAUACCAGGACUCCAGGUACAUACCCUUUACCCUCUUACUGCAAAGGACCUGUUUUCAUUGUAUUUUUCAGCUGACACAGUCAAAACAAUAUGCACACAUACAAAUAAGAAUGCUGCUAUAAACAAAGAACGUGGGAAAAAGUACAAGUGGAUUGACAUUGAGCCAGAAGAUUUGUAUAAGUUUUUUGGUCUCCUAUUCUUCACAACAUUAGUUCAGCUUCCCAAUCUCCAGGACUACUGGAAACAGAACCAUGUUUUAUCAGUGUCCAUUCCAAGUAAGGUCAUGACAAGAGAGAGGUUCCGAACCAUACUUUGGAACAUCCACUUGAGUGAUCCAGAAGCGGACGUAGUAAAUGACAGUAAAAAGGGAACACCAAGCUAUGAUAAACUGUUUAAAGUCAGGCCUCUUUAUGAUGACAUCCUCAAUGCCUGCCAGGCUUAUUUCCACCCUAGGAGGGAGCUUGCGGUGGAUGAAAGGAUGGUGGCAACAAAGACGAAAACCUGCAAGUCACAGUACAUGACGGACAGGCCAACUCAACGGGGGAUAAAGUUUUUUGUAUUGACAGAGUCAUGCAGUGGCUACACUGUGAACUUUCAAAUAUACACUGGAAAGGCUGCAACUGUAAGUGAGAAUGGGCUGGCUUAUGAUGUGGUCAUGAACCUGAUCUCCCCGUCCUCUCUCGGCACUGGGUACCAUCUUUACAUGAACAUUUUUUAUACAAGUCCCAAACUGUUCUUGGACCUGGCCAGUAUGAAGUUUGGAGCAUGUGGUACCUACAGGGAGGGUGGGAAAGAAUGCCCCGGAGAUGGGAAAAAUGCUCUCACUAAAAAAUCUAGAAGGGGAUCUUUCAGGUGGAUCAGAGAGGGCCCACUUCUUUUUGUAAAGUGGAUGGACACACAUGAGGUGUCUGUGUGCUCCACCAUCCAUUCUGCAUAUUCCGGUGAGACAGUGACGAGAAAGAUGAAGGAUAGAGAUGGAUGCCUGACUGAGAGAGACAUUCCCUACCCCACACCGAUCAGUGCCUACAACAAAUAUAUGAGUGGGGUUGAUCUGUCAGACCAGCUGAUCCAAUAUUACUCCACACUCAGGAAAUCUGCUUGCUGGUAUAAGACUAUAUUGCUGCACUUUCUGGACAUUGCCUCCACAAAUGCCUUCAUCUUGCACCGUGAGAUCAGCAGCAUCAAGAAGGUGCAGCCCAUGACACACAAAGACUUCAUGGUGGAGCUGUUGUGCCAGCUUUGUGGUGUGGACAAUUCAGGUGUUCCCCAGAGCAGGAAAACAUCUCAUGUUCCUGUGCCCAUUGCAUCUACCAUAGAUCCAAGCCAGAAGGCCACUAAAGGCAGACUAAAGUGCAAACACUGCUUAGAGAACAACAAGAGGAGUGACACACCAUGGAAGUGUGAGGCCUGUGAUGUGGCCCUCUGCCUUGUUGUGGACAGGAACUGUUUUAGAGAGUGGCAUACGUGA